AUGCUGAGCGUUGGCGGUGGUCGUUCGGCGGUAUGUCGUGCCGUGAUAGCCACUUCCAUCGUCUGGUUACUCAUUGACGUCGUCAUUUUAUUCUAUUAUUUGGAUCCGUCGUCGACGUCGCAACAAGAUGAUAAUAGAAUUCUGACACGUGGCCAACGACGGAUAGACGGCGCCGACGCGUUGCAUCUGGCAGCGCCACGUCAUGAAUCGAAUGUCGAUGCGAUUAGAAAUAAACCAGAGAAAGCGGUGGAACAGGUGUUCCCAGUGGAUAAAGAGACGGCCAAUCAGUUGAGAAAAUUGAUGGAGACGCAAGCAUUCGGACCGGGAUAUUAUGGCCAAGGAGGUACUGGAGUGACAGUACCUGAAGACAAAAAAGAUAUCAAAGAGAAGAGAUUCCUUGAGAAUCAAUUCAAUGUCGUCGCAUCCGAAAUGAUCUCAAUCAAUCGAACUCUUCCCGACUAUCGAUCAGAAGCGUGUCGAACCACUGGUAACUCGUUGAAAACCGAGGGAUUGCCGACGACUUCAAUCAUUAUUGUAUUCCAUAAUGAGGCAUGGACGACACUUCUCCGAACACUUCACUCAGUUAUCAAUCGAUCGCCACGUCAUUUGUUGGAAGAGAUUAUACUGGUGGAUGACAAAUCGGAUAGAGAUUAUUUGGUCAAGCCCUUGGAUGCGUAUAUUAAGAAGUUCCCGCCAACGAUCUUCAGCAGAUGUCAUUUCCCUAUGCAUCUCACAGCUUCCACACGAAAUCUACCAUUCGAAAUCGUUGAACACGAGUACCUCGAUCCAUCUUCACUCGGUGCUGCUGCUGCUGGUUCUUCAACGGUGUCUUCCUUCCGGGUGCCAGUCCACUUGGUUCAUCUCGAAGAUCGUUCCGGUUUGAUCCGUGCUCGUCUCACUGGUUCCGGAAUGGCGAAAGGAAAGAUUUUAUUGUUUUUGGAUGCUCACGUUGAGGUGACUGACGGAUGGUUGGAACCACUUGUGACACGAGUGGCAGAAGACAGAAAACGAGUCGUCGCCCCGAUUAUUGAUGUGAUUUCUGAUGAUACUUUCGAAUAUGUGACUGCUUCUGAAACGACGUGGGGAGGAUUCAAUUGGCAUUUGAACUUCAGAUGGUACGCCGUUCCGAAGAGAGAGUUGAAUAGGAGAGGAGCUGAUAGAUCAAUGCCGAUUCAAACGCCAACGAUCGCCGGAGGUCUCUUCGCCAUCGACAAACAAUUCUUCUACGAUAUUGGAAGUUACGACGAAGGAAUGCAAGUUUGGGGUGGAGAGAAUCUCGAAAUAUCGUUCAGAGUUUGGAUGUGCGGAGGUUCUCUGGAGAUUCAUCCGUGCUCGCGUGUCGGUCACGUCUUCCGUAAACAGACACCGUACACAUUCCCCGGUGGAACUGCCAAAGUCAUUCAUCACAACGCAGCCCGAACGGCAGAAGUGUGGAUGGACGAAUACAAGGCAUUCUUCUAUAAAAUGGUGCCAGCCGCCCGUAAUGUCGAAGCGGGCGAUGUGACGGAACGAAAGAAAUUGAGAGAGACACUUCAGUGUAAAUCAUUCAAAUGGUACUUGGAGAAUAUCUAUCCGGAAGCCCCUCUCCCUGCGGAUUUCAAGUCAUUGGGAGCAAUUGUUAAUCGAUUUACGGAGAAGUGUAUUGAUACGAACGGAAAGAAGGAUGGACAGUCGCCUGGCCUUCAAGGAUGUCAUGGAUCCGGUGGUAAUCAGGCGUGGUCGUUGACUGGAAAAGGAGAAAUUCGAUCGGAUGACUUGUGUCUAUCGUCCGGCCAUGUCUAUCAAAUUGGAUCGGAGCUGAAAUUGGAGAGAUGCUCCGUGAGCAAGAUCAAUAUCAAACACGUUUUCGAGUUCGAUGAGACGGUCGGCUCACUUGUGCACAAGAAAACCGGUAAAUGUGUGACGGGAGCGGAUCAACGAGUGACUCUCGACGAGUGUGGUGUCGGAAGAAAAGAUCAAUUAUGGCAGUUGGAAGGAUAUCAGAAUUCUCAUUAG